AUGGCGUCGGCCGGGCCUGAGGCGGCGGCGGCGUUGGGUCCCGAGGGCCGCCUGGGCGGGCUGGUCCGCCGCUUCGUGGGCGGGCAGCACGACGGGGACGCCGGGGACGUGGCGGCAGAAGUGACAUCUGGCCGCUGGACGGUGCUGCAAGUGGUGGAAGCGCUCGGGUCCUGCCUGGAGAGUCCGGAGCCGCGGACCCGCUGCCGGGGAAUCCAGCUCCUGUCCCAAGUGCUGCUGCAGUGUCAUCCCCGGCUCCUGGAGGAGGAAGUGGUGCACCUGGUCCUGUUCUAUGAGAACCGGCUGAAGGACCACCACCUGGUGACCCCACCUGUUCUGCAGGGUCUGCAGGCGCUGAGCAUGUGUGAGGUCCUCCCCGCUGGCCUGGCCGUCUCGGUGCUCAAAGCCAUCUUCCAGGAGGUCCACGUGCAGGCCCUGAUGCAACUGGACCGCCACACUGUCUAUAGCAUCAUCACCAACUUCAUGCGCACCCGGGAAGAAGAGCUGAAAGGCCUGGGGGCCGACUUCACCUUUGGCUUCAUUCAGGUAAUGGAUGGAGAGAAGGACCCCCGCAACCUGCUGGUGGCCUUCCACAUUGUCCACGCCCUCAUCUCCAAGGACUACAGCCUAGGGCCCUUCGUAGAGGAGCUGUUUGAGGUGACAUCCUGCUACUUCCCUGUGGACUUCACCCCGCCAGCCAACGACCCCCACGGCAUCCAGCGGGAAGACCUAGUCCUGAGCCUUCGGGCCGUGCUGGCCUCCACCCCUCGAUUUGCUGAGUUCCUGCUGCCCCUGCUGAUCGAGAAGGUAGACUCCGAGAUGCUGAGUGCCAAGCUGGACUCGUUGCAGACCCUGAAUGCCUGCUGCGCCGUGUACGGGCAGAAGGAGUUGAAGGAGUUCCUUCCCAGCCUGUGGACCGCCAUCCGCCGGGAGGUGUUCCAGACGGCAAGCGAGCGUGUGGAGGCGGAGGGCCUGGCGGCCCUGCAGGCCAUUGCCGCGUGCCUGUCCCGCUCGGUGCUGGGGGCCGACUCCGAGGACCUCCUCGACUCCUUCCUCGGCACCGUCCUGCAGGACUGCAGGCACCACCUGUGCGAGCCGGACAUGAAGCUGGUGUGGCCCAGUGCCAAGUUGCUGCAGGCGGCGGCCGGGGCCUCCCCCCGGGCCUGCGACCACGUCACCGCCAGCGUGCUGCCCCUGCUGCUGGACCAGUACCACCAGCAUAGCCAGAGCAGUCAGAGGCGGACAAUCCUGGAAAUGCUUCUGGGCUUCUUGAAGCUGCAGCAGAAAUGGGCACGUGAGGACGAAGACGACAGGCCUCUGAGGGGCUUCCACGCCCCGCUGUGCUCGGUGGCGUUCUCUGCCCUGACCGACCCCAGUGCCCUGCUCCGGGAGGUCGGCAUCCGCUUCCUCACCACCCUGGGAGCCCAGCCAGGGCUUCUGUCCGCCGGGGAUCUGGAAGUGGUCGUGGAGCACCUGCAGCGGCUGAUCUUCCUGACGGAGGACUCCCAGAACUGCGUGGCAGCCAUGGAAGCGUCAGGGACACUGGCUUCCCUGUAUCCGGAAGCCUUCAGGCAGCACCUGGUUCCUCGGCUCGCGGAGGAGCUACGUGCAGAAGUGACGGAGCUGGCGGGUGGGGACAAGCCCUCUCGUUGUGCCCGGCGCCUGCGUUGCUUGCAAGCCCUGUCAGCCGUGUCCACACACCCCAGCCUGGUGCGGGAGACCCUGCCCCUGCUGCUGCGGCACCUCUGCCAGUUGCACCGAGGGAAUGUGGCUGCCGACGCCAGCGAGGUCAUCGCCGUCUGUCGCAGCCUCCAGCUUGUGGCUGGGCAGUGCCAGCGGGACCCCGAGAGCUGCUGGUAUUUCCACCAGACCGCUGUGCCCUGCCUCCUCGCCCUGGCAGUGCAGGCUUCCAUGCCAGAGAAGGACCCCCCGGCCCUGGGGCAGCUGCCGCUGCUGCUAGAAGAAGAAGUCUUGGCUGCCAUGGUUUCUGUCAUUAGCACAGCCAGUACCCACCUGAGCCCCGACCUGGCUGCCCGCAGUGCUGCCCAGAUCGUGCCCCUCUUCUUGGACGGGGAUGUCUCCUUCUUGCCAGAGAACAGCUUCCCCUGCAAGUUCCUGCCCUUCCAGGGUCAACAUUGUCCUCCAGGGCAGAGGCGCCUGGUGGCCCUGCUCAUGGCCUUUGUCUGCUCCCUGCCCCGGAGUGUGGAGAUCCCUCAGCUGGACCGGCUUCUGCAGGAGCUGCUGGCCCUGAGCUGCAGCCAGGGCUGCCCCUUUUCCCGCACCGCCGCCGCCAAAUGCUUCGCGGGACUGUUGAACAAGCACCCGGCAGGACAGCAGCUGGAUGAAUUUCUACAGGAGGCCAGAGACAGGGUGGAAGGCGGGCUGGCCCCGGGGCCCCAGCGGACUCCGGCCUUCACCCUGCUCCUUUGGGUCACCAAAGCCCUGAUCCUCCGCUACCAUCCCCUCAGCUCCUGCCUCACGGAUCGGCUGAUGGGCCUCCUGGGCGACCCGGAGCUGGGCCCCACGGUAGCCGAUGGCUUCCACCUGCUCAUGACCGACUCCUUGGAUGUGUUGCACCGGGCGGGCCACGCCGACGUCCGCCUCAUGUUCCGCCAGCGCUUCUUCACCGACAACGUGCCCGCUCUGGUCCGCGGCUUCCACGCUGCCCACCCAGAAGUGAAGCCGAACUACCUGAAGGGCCUGUCUCACGUGCUCAACAGUCUGCCCAAACCCGUGCUCGUGCCGGAACUGCCGACGCUACUGUCCCUCCUGCUGGAGGCCUUAGCCUGUCCGGACCGAGGGGUCCAACUGUCCACCCUCAGCUGCCUGCAGCCCCUGCUGCUGGACGCUCCCCAGGUGAUGAGUCUCCACGUGGACACGCUCGUCACCAGGUUCUUGAACCUGAGCGGCAGCCCGGCCAUGGCAGUCCGGAUUGCGGCCCUGCAGUGCCUCCACGCUCUCACCAGGCUGCCAACCCCCGUGCUGCUGCCCUACAAGGCGCAGGUGAUCCGCGCCUUGGCCCGGCCCCUGGAUGACAAGAAGAGACUAGUGCGUAGGGAAGCGGUGUCGGCGCGGGGCCAGUGGUUCCUGCUGGGGAGCCCGGGCAGCUGAGGCUCUGGCCCUAGACCCGCCUGCAGAUGGACGAUCUAACCCGGACUGACUAGGGGGCCUGGCCCUUCCUCUGCCCCGCAGGGCAAGUGUGCCCACCCAGGGGGAAGGCCUCCAAGCCUUGGAGCCUGGCACGCGGGAGCAGGAAGCUGGCAACCUGGACUGCUAAGGGAUAGCGAAGGGGUGCACUGUGUG